CUACUCAACCGUCUUUGAUCUACACUCUCUAUUUGGACUGAAUUUUUUUUUUACAUUGACAGAUAGAUCGUUGUCUUUCUCUUCAUCCCAUUUCAUAAAUUCAUUGUUAUCCUAGAGAUUCCCCCUUUUGUCAAAUUUAGAAGUUCCUACAAUCAACAAACACACAAUGGGCUCCACCACCAUCCUCCCCGCCAUGGCGACCUCCCCCAAAUACAUCUUCUUCACCGAUUUCGACGGCACCAUUACGCAGCGAGACUCCAAUGACUUCCUCACAGACAACCUAGGCUACGGCCAGAAGCUCCGCAAGCAAGGCAACCAAGACGUGCUGCACGACCGUAUGACCUUCCGCGCCUCGUUCCAAGAGAUGAUGGAUUCCGUCAAGACGCCUUAUGAUCAAUGCAUCAAGACCCUUCUCGAGAAUAUCACAUUGGAUGUUGGGUUUAAAGAGUUCUUCGGGUGGGCGAGACAGAAUAACAUGCCAGUUGUGGUGCUGAGUAGUGGGAUGGAGCCGAUCAUAAGGGCGCUCUUGACGCAUCUGGUUGGCAGGGAGGCGGAUGAGAUUCAAAUUGUUAGUAAUGAUGUUGCGCCGAGGGAUGGGAAGAGCAUAAAUGAGGAGGGGGGGUGGCAGAUUGUCUUCCAUGAUGAGAGUCAUUUCGGACACGACAAAUCCCUCGAAAUCAGACCGUACGGCCAAUUGCCUGAUGGCGAACGCCCGGUAAUGUUCUAUGCCGGUGACGGAGUCUCAGAUCUCUCCGCUGCAAAGGAAACGGAUUUGCUCUUCGCGAAGAAGGGACAUGAUCUUAUCACCUAUUGCGUCCGUGAAUCCGUCCCCUUCACCGUCUUCGAAGACUGGUCUACGAUCCUAUCCGACGUCAAGAAAGUCGUCGCAGGCGAGACGACCGUCCAAGAACUCUCCGCUUCGGGACUCGCCGAGUACACGAAAGCUGCGGCGAACUAGAUCAAGAUUUUUGUAUAGAGUUUUUUAGGCUCGGUUGUUUAUAGAAUAGAUCGUUCGUGGCUUUACACCACGUGUGUUGCAUAGACAGAUUGGAUAGAACCAAUAGAUUGCAUUGCAUUGCCU